AUGCGCCGACAUAACCUGAAGAUGAACCCCGCCAAGUGUGUUUUCUUCGCGGAGGCCGGCGAUUUCCUUGGUUUCCUAGUGCAUCAAAGAGGCAUCGAAAUCCCAAAGGACAAGGCACAGGCGGUAAUCACCGCUUCAAACCCCAACACAAAGAAGGAGCUUCAACAACUGCUUGGGCGAAUCAACUUUCUCCGCCGUUUCAUAUCCAACGUGGCAGGGAAGGUCCAGCCUUUUUCACCCCUCCUCAAGCUCCAGGGGGCAACCGAGUUCGUCUGGGAACCACGACAUCAACAGGCCUUCGAUCGCAUCAAGGACUACCUUACGAACCCACCAGUCCUGAUCCCACCUCGCGACGGGUGCAAGCUGCGCAAUUACAUACUUGCCUUUACCACGGUUGUGAUCGCUCAAUCCGACCUGGUCAAAUACAUGCUCUCUCGCCCUAUCUUGCGGGGACGCAUCGGCAAGUGGAUCCUAGCCAUGUCCAAAUUCUCGUUGCAAUAUGUUCCGCAAAAGGCAGUAAAAGGACAGGCAAUAGCAGACUUUCUCGCUCAUCACCCACCCUCAGAGCUCACGGUGUUUCGCGAGUUGGAAUUCGCUACCGUGACACUCGCUCCAUGGACCCUGUACUUUGAUGGUUCGCGGACUGACACCGCAGCCGGAGCUGGGAUAGCCAUAGCCAAUCCCGCCGGAGACCGCUUCUCAUACUCGUUCCAGCUCGAUUUCAAAUGUACCAACAACCAGGCUGAGUACGAGGCGCUGAUCAUCGGCCUAGAGAUUUUGUUGGAUUUAGGAGUUCGCGAGGUUCAGAUCUUUGGCGAUUCUUUGUUGGUCGUCAAUCAGCUGGUGGAAAAGUUUAAGUGCUUAAGCUCGUCAAUUGAGCCAUACCUAUGCAAGGCAUUUGAGGUGUUGGAUCGAUUUGACGAUGUCUACAUCGAGCACAUACCACGCGAGUUCAACUUCGCCGCCAACGAGCUCGCCCAAGUAGCGUCCGGUCUCAGCCUGCGCGACGGAGUGCGCGAACGUUUGCUUAAAGUCGAACGCCGUACGCUUCCCUCUUUCAUCACUAGGGGGCAAUUUCAGGCCGACACCCCCGAAGUUGCGGCCUUGGACCCUAUCGACGAGGAUUGGCGGCUACCAUUUAUCGCCUACCUCCAGAACCCCAACGACGCCGCUCACUCCAGGCAAAUACGUUUCCUCGCCUUAAACUUUGUUUUACGCAAUGGCGAACCUCCGGCGGCGUGGGGAAGCGGAACGAUUCCGCUGCGUUGGGUUGAGGCCGAACCACUCAAGGUUGCCUCCGCCAACUCGGUUCGCAACUUUAUUUUCCGCAAUAUCAUCUCCCGCUUUGGUAUCCUAGAGUGCAUCGUUACGGACAGGGGGACAGCUUUCAUGGCUGAUUCAGUUGUUAAGUACUUAAAUGACUACGGAAUCCAGCUUCUCCACUCUACGCCAUAUUAUGCACAGUCCAACGGCCAGGCGGAGGCUAGUAAUAAGGUCAUCCUUGGCAUCCUCCGUAAGAUGUUGGAGUUGAACCCGCGUGUCUGGCAUGAGGAACUCUGCCACACCUUGUGGGCCUAUCGCACUUCAAAGCGCGGCCCGACGGAUACCACCCCGUACACUCUCAUGUACGGUCAUGAUGCCGUCCUUCCCCUUGAGAUUAAUAUCGCUUCACUCCGCGUUCAGGAACAGCACCAACUCCUUGGCGAGGAUUACGUCCAAGCUAUGUGGCAGGAGCUUGAAGAUCUCGACGAGCACCGCGUCGUCGCUUUCAACAAUCUCGUCCUCGAGAAACAACGCAUCGCGCGUUCGUACGAUAAAGUCACGCGCGGACGUAGCUAUGCUGAGGACCAAAAAGUGUGGCGCGCGGUACUCCCACUGGGGGAAAAAACCGACGGUAGGGAAAAGUGGUCCGCUCGAUGGGAAGACCCUUUUAUUAUUCAUCGUGCCAUUCAUCGCAAUCCUAUUAAUGGCCGCUUUCUCAAGCGCCACAUUGCAGGAAUUUGGGAACACGAGGAUCCUCCACCUCCCCCAGACCCCGUCACCACAGUCAAUAGUGCUACGCGCCAUCGCGUUCUCGCUCUGUCGCCUAACACUAGGGGGCAAUCCGGGAUAGACGACUGA